AUGAUGCUUCCUCUCGAGAUUUUGGAGCGAAUAGUCGUAUGCGGUCUAGAUAGCUUUGAAACUGCAAAGGCCUGGUGCAAGCUCUCCCCGCAUUUUAAGACCCAAGUGACACGAAAUUUAGGAAUCGUAGUGAUCGCAGAUAGUGACCGCACGAAGCCGCUUUCUUUCAGCAAGGAUUUGCUGCACUAUAACUCCUUGAGCGACGGUACUAAUGUCCUUAUGGUGAAUACUGGAUACUAUAGUCGGGUUUCACUGAAGAAGUUUCUGGAGAAAUACCAAAACUUACUUUUAGUAGUCAUAACUGAACGGAUGUUCAGUGAUCUUUUACUGUCAUUCUUCAAUUGCGUUGUCGAAGAGGUCAUCGCCAUUGGGGCUCAGCAUCGAAAGAAUCUCUCGAUCAUCUACCACACUAGCCACUAUUUUCUGAGCAAAAUGUAUUUUCGCCAACUGCAGGUCUGCAAACGGUAUUUUCGCUUAUGCGAGUUGCAUCUGCUUGGUGACAACUACGCUGGUCAAUUUAGCAGCAUUGAUUUGGACCUGGUGUUUGAACUCACCAAGAUCCACAACGUUAAGGGCCUUUUCAGUCUGAGCAUACUGAACCCCUCGAAUGUGCUUAUGGCUCCUAAACUUGAGUCGAUCCGUGAGCUAGACGUCAGCGCGAGUGUUAAUCCCGCGGAGGCAUUUAAAUACGCUCCGAAGCUGGUAAGAAUUGACCAAUUUCGUAUUCCCACUGACCUCGAUCUGGAAAUUCCUUAUUCCCUCCCCACAUGUGACUACUUAAAGUUGAUGAACUUCAAUCCCAACGCAGCAUACCCGACCCUAUACGGUCAAGGUAUACGCGGCGAAUUGGUAAUAGCAACAUCGCCUAAGACCGAAGGUGCUAGUUUUAAAAGGUUGUUAUUCCCAAAUGUUAAGAGGCUGGUUAUAACUUCUGUCAUCUCGAUUAUCGAGGACGUCAAAUUUGAAAAUUGCCAGUUUUCUUCCUUGCGAGCAUAUAAUGGAUCUCACGCAUUUGGACUCACAGACUGGGACAGCCUUGUAGCAGCCGGUGCCCAGCUAAAAUCUCUGCAAGUGUCGAUUGAUACUUGUCACGACUUAUUGACCUUAGUGCAAUGUCCUUUCACACUAACGGACACGUUUGAGAUUACAUCAAAAUCCGAAAGCACCAAUGUGUUAGCGGUUAAGGAUAACUUUCUCUCACUUAUUGAGCAAUUUAAAGCACAGUGCUCACUCUCAUCCUGCGUUCAAAUCAAGAUGAAGGUGGCAAGUGUGUGGCAAUGCCUCUUGUUGCAUUUGAUGAUCAUACCAAGCAUACCGAAAACUGCUGCGCUUCGUCUGGAUAUCAAUCUAGAACAAUUGGAGGAAGACGUUGAACAGUACCUUAGUAAAAACAAUAUCUACAGGUAUGAAUUAUUCCAGUUGGUUGGUUUACCCGCUGAGAAUGGGAAUUUGCACCUUGUACUCCCACAAACUCUGAAUGUCACUCUAGUAGAUAGCGACCCUCCGAAAAUUGGGAAAACGAAAAGCGGUGGAUCAGCGAUGAUCGAAGCCAGUAUCAAAAACAACACAGGUUAUAUCAUGCCUCCUGCAGCAGAUUUGACUCAGUAUCCGGUCUCUCCGUCAGAUUUCCGCAGAAACAGUUUGGCGGGGAGUGAUAGUGAUACUGCCAGGCGUAACAGCAUCGUACAUAUCCCUAGUUCGGUCUCAGAAGAGGCACGGGUGAGACGGAAGAGUUCUUCUAGCUUCGAGAAGAACUUGGCGUGUCCUAUCUUUGAUCAGCCUCAUGAACAGCAUCGAGCUGAAGACCAGAUCCUAAACUUCUCAUUCGCGGAAGGAAGUCAUUUCUCAAUUCUGGAGACCACUGAGUACAUUGUUGAUCACUGUCUCAGGACGUUUAGUCACCUCCAACAAGCAUCAACAUUGAGAUUUAGGUCAAAACUAUCAAUCAGUCGUAAUUGUCAUUCUAAUUUGAUGAUGCAAAGCUUUGAAGCAAUGUUCGAUGCUCUAAGUGAAAUGGUCAAGCUGAGAACAAAGUACCCCUGCAUGGGACACUUUGAAUUAUUCAUCUUGACCAAUUUUCAAGAUGAAAGAGAGUUCUUAGCUGACUUGGCGGAGGAAAUUAAUGAGCUUUUGGAAAUGGAUGACAAGAAGGAGCGGGUGGCAUUGGACCUUGAAACUAUAUGUGAUGAGGCAGGGUUUCUCGCAAAACUUCUACUUCAGCCAGAUUAA